AGAUGCAUUGAGAAAUAGCCAGAGAGAGAGAGAGUCCCUGCUCAUCUCAACUUGCAGACCAGUUUCUCUGGCCUUGGCACAGGAGUGAAGAGGGGCCAGCCAGCCAGGGCUUGUUUGUUGCCCAGUCCUUGCUGCUGGGUGGCAAAGACCCAAACGUGGCCCCUGAGGAACCCACCUCUGAACUAACAAGCCCUUUCUUGCAGAUGGAGAGAUGCCAGACAGCUGGAAUACAUCAGCAGACAGCCUAGAAGCGAGAACUGCAGGCAUUAUUGUGCCAGUGGUUUUUUCUCUCAUCUUUAUCUUGGGCACUGUAGGGAAUGGCCUGGUGUUGGUUGUGUUGCUGCGUAAUGGACAAGUAAAAUACAACACCACCAACCUGUUCAUCCUCAACUUGGCUGUUGCAGACCUCUGCUUCAUCAUUUUUUGUGUGCCCUUCCAGGCCACCAUCUAUACCCUGGAUGGGUGGCUCUUUGGUGCUUUUGCAUGCAAGGCAGUGCACUUUCUCAUCUACCUCACCAUGUAUGCCAGCAGUUUCACCCUGGCGGCUGUCUCGGUGGACAGGUAUCUGGCUAUUCGAUACCCACUGAAAUCCAGAGACCUCCGCACCUCUCGCAAUGCAGCUCUUGCCAUGGUACUAAUCUGGACAAUGUCAUUGCUCUUUGCAGGACCUUAUCUCAGCUAUUACCAAAUAGUUCACUAUCAGGAGAUGCCAAUCUGCAUCCCAGUUUGGGAGGACCAACGCCGCAAGAUCUUGGAUAUCCUCACCUUUGUAUUUGGCUACGUCCUUCCUGUAUUUGUUGUCAGCCUGGCUUAUGCUAGGACCAUUAAGUUCUUGUGGACCUCUGUAGACCCCAUUGAGAGAAUCUCAGAGUCCCGUAAAGCCAAGCGCAGGGUCACCAAAAUGAUAGUUGCUGUGGCUGUUCUCUUCUGCUUGUGUUGGCUGCCUCACCACUUGGUGAUCUUGUGCUUUUGGUUUGGCUCUUUCCCUUUCAACCGAGCCACUUAUGUUUGUCGCCUGGCUUCGCAUUGCCUGUCGUAUGCUAAUUCUUGCCUCAACCCAAUUGUCUACGCGCUUAUCUCCAAGCAUUUCCGCAAGCGAUUCAAGCAGGUCUUCACAUGUCUUCUCAUUCAGGACAAGAACAGAAAGAAGCAAACUGACAACAAGGUCCAUGUUGCCAAUGUUGUCAAUGGUCUAGUCAACCCUAUGGGGGGCUUCUAUGGAGGAAACACUGAGGUAACCCAACUCCAUGAGGAAAAUAUGAGGUGUUACCAUGGUCUGAUGCUGAAAGAAACAGAAGGGGUUCUUCCUGAGGCAUGGCCUCUUAAGUUAGAAGACACAGUUCUCGCUGAUCAGCAGGGCCUGGUGGAUGAAGAAGGUUCUGGAAAAGCUAACACCUCAAUGACUGACACAUCACACAGAACUCCUCAUCAUAUUGGAGGGCUCUAACCUAGCUAUCAAUGGCAGAUAUUAUGAAUGGAAGAGACAUUCUUUUCAACAUAACAGCCAUGAUCUCGUCCGUAUCAGAUGUGUUGUUGUUGGAGAACAGGCUGAUUUCAUUGAACUUUCAUCAGUACAGUCAGACUACCUAUAACUCCUCAGUAAAAAUGUCAACAAUGGGUGUGGUCAGACAAAAAGCUUAGUGAGGUCUGGCCAUGCCUCUAAUUUGAUUCUUAUUUUUUUGUGCUGGAUAAUUUUAUCUGAACAUCUGCUGCUCUGCAUCCUC